UUGGUUUCCCUGCUGGCUGCGUUUCGCUCUCCGAAGCCAUUUUGGACUCAGUUCAGUUCCGUGCAUGUCAGAAUCGAACCCUGUCCAGCCAUUCUCGCUCUUGCACGGGAAAAGCUUCACACACGAACGGGAUUUGGGUGGAAAUCGCCGGUUAUUCCGCACCGGAAUGCGUUUCUGUUGGAAUAGGCGCGUUUCCUGAUGGAUCUGUGCAUGUGUUAAAGUUUGAUUAAAGCCUGUUCGGUGGAUGGACAUCAGGCCGACGGUCACUCGGGCUCUUGUGUGUGUGUGUGCGUGCGUUUCCCCGAUCGCUUUAAAUGUGUGCAAAGCAGAAAACACUGAACAGGAGAAAACCCGGGGUGUUUUUGUGUCACUAGAGGAAUAUGUUCACUUCCUGGCUGACUUUUGCACUUCUUCUGGGAACUUUCAGUGCAGGACCCAGUCAUGCCGAGGUGGAGACGCGCGAGUGCUUGUACUUCAACAUUAACUGGGAGGUGGAGAAGACGAACCGCAGCGGCGUGGAGCGCUGUGAGGGAGAGAAGGACAAGCGCUCGCACUGCUACGCCUCCUGGAGGAACAGCUCCGGCAGCAUCGAGCUCGUCAAGAAGGGCUGCUGGCUAGAUGACUUCAACUGCUACGACAGGUCAGUCGUGCGGCGCUUGACUAGUACUAGUCAUCUGAACUUGAUCGAGCCUCCUCCGCCGGCGCCGGUGCUCCUGAACCUGCUGGUUUGCUCUCUGCUGCCCGUCACGAUGCUCUCGAUGGCGCUGCUGCUGUGCUUCUGGAUGUACCGGCACCGCAAGCCUCCUUACGGACACGUGGACAUCAACGAGGAUCCGAGUGCGUCUCCUCCCUCGCCGCUGCUGGGUCUGAAGCCUCUUCAGCUGCUGGAGGUUAAAGCUCGAGGACGCUUCGGCUGCGUCUGGAAAGCUCAGAUGAUGAAUGAUUAUGUAGCCGUGAAGAUCUUCCCCAUUCAGGACAAGCAGUCGUGGCAGAACGAGCGCGACAUGUUCUCCACGCCGGGCAUGAAGCACGAGAACCUGCUGCGCUUCAUCGCUGCCGAGAAACGCGGAAGCAACCUGGAGACGGAGUUCUGGCUUAUCACCGAGUUUCAUGAGCGGGGCUCGCUGACGGACUAUCUGAAGGGGAGCGUGCUGAGCUGGACGGAUCUGUGUCACAUCGCGGAGACGAUGGCCUGCGGUCUGGCGUAUCUUCACGAGGACAUGCCUCGCUGUAAAGGAGAAGGUCCUAAACCGGCCAUCGCUCACAGAGACUUCAAGAGCAAGAACGUGAUGCUGAAGGCGGAUCUGUCGGCGGUGCUGGGGGACUUGGGGCUGGCGGUGCGCUUCGAGCCGGGGAAGCCUCCAGGAGACACACACGGUCAGGUCGGGACGUGGCGCUACAUGGCUCCGGAGGUGCUGGAGGGGGCCAUUAACUUCCAGCGGGACGCCUUCCUGCGGAUAGACAUGUACGCCGUGGGGCUGGUGCUGUGGGAGCUGGUGUCGCGCUGCAAAGCUGCAGACGGUCCUGUAGACGAGUACAUGCUGCCGUUUGAGGAGGAGAUCGGCCAGCAUCCAUCUCUGGAGGAUCUUCAGGAUCUGGUGGUUCAUAAGAAGAUGAGGCCUGCGUUUAAAGACUGCUGGCUCAAGCAUUCAGGUCUGGCGCAGUUGUGCGAGACGAUCGAGGAGUGCUGGGAUCACGACGCGGAGGCACGGUUAUCAGCCGGCUGCGUGGAGGAGCGAAUCUCUCAGAUCCGCCGCCUGACGAGCGUCACUACCUCAGACUGCCUGCUUUCCACCGUCACCUCGCUCACCAACGUGGACCUGCCUCCCAAAGAGCCCAGCAUCUGACCCUCGUCUUUCCAAACUCAGAGAAUCUCAAACCACAUCGAAGCAGCUGCUAUUUUAUCCUAGUGUUUUUUUUUAAACUUUAUUAUUAUUAUUGUUGUUAUUAUUGUUAUUGUUAUUUUUCUGAUCGGAUCAGUAACUACCAGCACACUUCUCUACUGUAUUUUUAUCAUCAGAGCAAACGCAGAAGAUUUUUAAACAUGCAUUCAGGUGCCGACAAAUGAAUGCUGACCGGUGCACGUACCUCGACGUUUUCAGUUCUGCCGAUUCCGUUGAUUUUUCUCGCUCAUCUUCUUCUGGUUUUUCCGUUCGGAUCGACGAGCAACCAGUUCAUCUGAAGAUUCAACAGUGCUGCAAACCCCGCGAGGAUCAUGAUGACUGUUACACGCGCAACCCGACCUCCUUGCCGGGAUUUCGCUUUCUUAAUUCUCUUUUUCCGACAGUGUGCUAUUCGAAAAUUACGGAAAACGUGUCUUUUACGGAACUAACGGGUGUUGAGGAACACGACGGAAAAGACAUCUGGACUAAUUCCUUUCUUUCUUUCUUUUGUUUCGGUUUUAUUUCGUGGUUGGCUUUUAUCGAGUGGAUAUGGCUGGAAACUCUUGCAUGUGGAAAUAUGGGAGGUUUGGUACGGAAAUCUUUCUCAGGUAUCCAGUGUCAAGGGGUCCACGACUGCCUUUCCCACGUCAUUAUAGGACCGAGAGAAAUAUAGCGGUGCCCUGAUGAAUUUAACACUAAACAUGCAAGACCGUGUGUGUGUGAGUAAGUGUGUGUGUGUGUGUUUGGUGCUGAGAGUUUGUUGAAAAUAGAAAAAAAGACCAUAAAAAGUUUGGCCCGUAUGAACGUAAGUGUUGGUUUUUCCUGUCUAGUUUCUCUUGUAAUAAUGCAACGUGUUUUUUACUCAGAAGAGUGAAAUUCUGGGUCAAAACACCUCGAAAUCAAAGGAAAAAAAUAAGAAAUGAUAUUUGUCGUAAAUAAAAUAAAGGCUUUUUAGGAGCAUUAAGAUUUUAUUUUUUUUUUUUUAAUUGUGGCAUUAUAAUUAAGCACAUUGUCUUUCAAAUUCUUAUGACCGUAAUGCAAUAUAUUAUUUCUGGUAAUUUCAUCAUUCUCAGUGCU